CCUUCGUUGAUGCGACUAACCAAACUGCCUGGGACUGUCAACUAACCUAGAAGCUCACCCCCACCAACAAUACACCAAUGAAUCUAAGCGAACAUGGAUGAUACUCACGCCAGACAAGCCAUGGCGCCCAUCAAACAACAGCAAACCGGAGGCGUUACGCCACUCUACAACAACAGCAACGACCUCCCGGGUCCCUAAAUCCCCCCUUCCUUCUCACCCCGACGAAAAACACGACUUGCAACGACGUCCAUCCACCCCUGUCAGGUCCCCUCACGUCCAUCACGGCAUAGACGUUUUAGACUUCCGCGUGCCUGAAAUGCAAAAACCCCAAGCCGCAAAAGCUGAUACGCGAAACCACCUCAGAUUCUCAGAAUCCGAGACCAAAUCCCCAAUCCCCCGCCCGUGCCUCGGUUUCGUCCCGACUUGGCCGUGUUCCAGAUCCCCCAAUCCGUCACUCCCCCCCCCUCUUUGUCUCUAGGUACCGAAUAGUCUUCCCCCGAAUGCUCCACCCAGCCAGCGGCAACCGUUGUAACCUUCCGCACCUUAAUGCCCACGGAAUACCUUACCCUACCUUGGCCUCUACUGCGGCACUGUGGUACCAUGCCAAUACGUGAGCCGCAAAAACCUUAACUUCUCAACUCAAAAAGUCCAAACUCAACCACUCACCACCUCGCACCCUCGAGCACCCACACAGACGGGCACGGAGAAAACGUACCGUAACUCGCCCUUUUUUCACCGAGAGCUUGGCUUACGUAUCUGCGUCUAUGUGCGCGUACCUGGUUGUCUACCUGGAUACCUGGGCCUCGUGCUCUCUCUUGUCCCCCUCGGUCCCGAGACGACUCGACACCCACACAACCAUUUGCCCACGCGUCAGAUGCGCAGAAAAUAGAAACAUGCCCUCCCGAUCGAGGCCUUUCAUUCGCUUGUCACACUUCUUUGGGAUUUUAUUUCAUCGACUACCAGAUGAGGAAGCAAAGUGUAAAAAAUGAAUUU